AUGUUGCUCGUAUCAUUUCUAUUCACGGCGAGUGCAGUGCUAGCGGAGAAUUCUUUACCCGCAGAUUUCAUACGAUGUCGUCAGAAGGACAGCGGGUUGAAUGCCUGUCUCAAGACCGCCGUGCCAGAUGCAUUAAGGAAGAUGAAGAAAGGAGUAAUGGAACUAUCUGUGCCCCCCCUGGAGCCACUGUCAGUGUCGGGGAUGAACAUAGAAGCCGGCGCCGGACCCGUGGUCAUAACGCAGAAUUACAAAAAUAUUAGACUUAGCGGUCUUACGGACUCCAUCAUCACAAACUAUAAAGCCGACCUGAAGCAGUACAGAUUAAGAACGGAGUCUCUCACACCGAAGAUGGAGUUCAUCGCGGACUAUAUAAUGAAAGGCAGGAUAUUGGUUUUGCCCAUUCAGGGGAAAGGCAUAGCCAACGUUACGAUGGUAAACUUGGUAGUGAAGCAUGACCUAAUCGGCGAGCCAGUCUCGAGAGACGGAGAGACGUACAUGUGGAUUCGGGAUUAUCGUGUCAAAUUCAUUCCGAAGAAAGUGUAUUUACACUUUUCUAACUUAUUCAACGGUGACAAACGGCUUGGAGAUCAAAUGAAUUUGUUUUUAAAUGAAAACUCUGACCUAGUCUUCAAUGAGUUAAAAGACGCGUACGAAAAGAGUUUAAGCUCAGUAUUCCAAGACGUCACAAACAAAAUUUUCAACUCCGUACCAAUGAAUAAAAUAUUCCCCGAAGACUAA